AUGGUGCGUGAAAUUAUAUUUUUACAUGUUGGGCAAUGUGGAAAUCAGCUAGGACAUGAAUUUUGGUCAGUAGCAAUUAAGGAGCACUUAAAUAAUAAAAAGAUAAAUGAAAAAAAAGAUGUAUUAGCUAAAUACUGUUAUAUGAACGAUUCUGAAUCAUCAUUUUUUGAAAAUGUAUAUGAUGGCUUGAACUCAAGUCAUAACGAAAAUUUAAAAGCGAGGGCUAUACUAAUAGACACCGAAACUGGGGUUACAAACGAAGUAUUUAAAAGUUCUAUUGCAGAAUAUUUUGACAAAAAUAAUAUAUUUACUCAGCAAUCUGGUGCAGGAAAUAAUUGGUCUCAAGGAUAUAUGUAUUAUGGAAGAAUAUAUGAGAAUAUGAUUGAUAAUAUAAUUAGAAAAAAUGUCGAAAAAUGUGAUUCAUUGCAAUCUUUUUACAUUACAUCAUCAUUAGGAGGCGGAACCGGUUCGGGAUUAGGUUCAUACGUUUUAGAAAUGUUAUCUGAUAACUAUAAGCAAAUAAAAUUUAGUAAUUGUGUAUUUCCAUCAGCAUGUGAUGAUGUAAUUACAUCUCCAUAUAAUAGUUUUUUUGCCUUAACAAAAAUACAUGAGUUUUCAAACUGUGUUUUACCAGUAUCAAAUGAUGCGUUACUAAAUAUUUUAAAUAGUAAAAAAGUGAAAGAAAAGGACCAUAAUAACAAAAAUGAUUAUUCAAAAAUGAAUAAUAUAGUAGCUAACCUUAUUGUAAAUUUAACAAGCUCAAUGCGAUUUGAAGGCUCAUUAAAUGUAGACAUAAAUGAAAUAUGCACUAAUUUAGUCCCAUAUCCAUUUUUUAAUUUUAUGUUAUCAUCAUUAAGUCCGUGUUUAGAAACAGAGAAUAUACGAAAUUUUGAUAAUUUGUUUAAAAAUGUUUUAAAUCACAAUAAUCAAAUGCUGGUAGCUAGCCCAAAAGAUGGCCUAUGCUUAUCUAUGGCAUUUUUAUGUAGAGGUAACAUAAGUAUUUCAGACAUUACUAAAAAUAUUUUAUUAACAAAAAAUAAUUUAAAUAUUUUAAAGUAUAAUAAAGAUGCUACAAAAAUAGGGUUAUGCAAUGUACCUCCAUUAAAUCAGCCUUAUAGUUUAUUGUGUCUAAUUAACUCAUGUGAAAUAAGAAAUAGUUUUUUGCAAAUAUUAGAACGAUUUAAUAAGCUAUUCAAAAGAAAAGCGCAUUUGCAUCAUUAUUUGGAAUAUCUAACCAUGGAUGAUAUACUUGAGUUUAAAGAAAAAAUCCAAAAUUUAAUUUUUGAGUAUAGUUAUAUACAAAAAAAUUCAUUUUGUUCAUCUAAAUUUUUAAAUAAAGACACGAUUGAGAUGUUAGGAUAUGAUAUAUGUGACGAAAGUUAUAUAACUGUUAACAAUGGAAAUGAAGAUACUAAUACUUGUCCAAAUUACUUAAAACAGAAAAUAAAAAUAAACGACAAAAAUACAAAUUGGUUUGAUUUUAAAAAUAAGCCAAUUAUAUAA